GCCGACCACACACCGUGGCUUGGCCUGGCAGUCCCUCCCUGGGGGGUUCCUUCUAAGCAGCUUCUUUGCACUUGUGAAAAAAAAAGGUUUUUCUUCCUUACCAGGAAAGCCCCAAGGUGCCCCAGGAAUCCCUUAGGUUAGAGAUGUUCCUGGAAAGAAGGUUUGGUAUAAUUUCCCAUACAGAUUUGCGUCUGUCAUCAGCACUGGAGGGUAAUUAAUCUGAAUGUAUGAAGUUGCCUGUUUAGGAAGUUGCACAUUUUGCAUGUUUCUCCUUUUGCUCGUGCUUUAAUUCUUCACUGCCUGGCUGGGAGACAGAGAAGCAGUAAAGUGUCAACAUUGAGAAGUGUGGUAUGAUAUUAAAAUGCUCCAGUUUCCAUUGAACAGAUGAUGGUAAGAAGUUUCUUUAAUGGGUUUGUUGAGAAUUGUGCUUUCAAAGACUCUUUAAAUUAUUGCAGACUGUACUGCUGGGAUAUGUAUGGGAAACAGCCAUUUUAAUCAGGAAGAUACACUUGGAAAUGAAAAGUCAUUUUUUAAAUGUAAUUUCCUUUGUGAGUGUUUUACUGACCACUUGAAUUUAUUUACCAUACAGACCUGGCGAUAAAGUAGGUAUUUAUGGGUUGAUUUUUAAUUAGAAAUAAUGGCUGGUAGAGUUUAAGUGAUUAAUCAUCUUAUCCUUAUAGGCUGUGGUAGUCCUAGUGAAAGACAGUUGUAUUGGCAGUUUAGAGAGUGAUCUAAUGGUGUGUUUUGUCCUCAAACACCACCACCACCAACACAGUCACCUUUUGGCAUGAAAGAGGAGAAAACAGACUCUCCUACUUCAGUGAACUUCACAUGGGGAUGACUGAAGAAAUACGUGACAAAGCUGGGGUUGGCCUUCUGGGUGUCACUGACAUCCAAAUAAGAAUAAUUAAAAGAGUAAUCCAGUGACGUGGCUUUGUUUCUCCAUGCAAGUGGCGCUUGGAGGGAGUGGACCAGGGAUGACAGAUUUAUGGAGAGAAUGCUCAUGACAGCAAGCUUGCUGCUGGGCAGAUGCAAGUGAGUGUUGUUCCAGGAAGGAUCAGGGAUUUUCAAUCAGCCUUUUCUUUCUUGGUAGAGAAGCAUGGGGACAGAAAUUACAAGAAACCCAACUUAACAGCUUUAAUGGCCUCAGCAGAAAGAGGGUAAGAGUUUGGGGAGCGUAGCACAAGGAGAGUUUUGCAUGUAAUGCCAGUUAGCUUUAUUGAAUCAUACAUUUCCUUUUACCCUCUCUGCCUGAGGAGGUUUCUACUCCAUAUUUCAAAAUGCAGCGUGUAAGAAACAAGAGCCAGCGUAGGGUGCAGUGUAUAUUUUAGCCUGGAAGAGAAGACAUCCAGUGCAUAUAAUUUUCUGGGAGGUAAUGAAGUGUCAUGGAAAGUGCAUGAAAUGAAUGUGUUUUUAUGUACUCAUUUUAGAAAUCAAGUUAGGAUAAUAUUUGCCUUUUUGUUAAAGAGUCUUUGCAGAAGUCUGCAUCCAUAUGGGAGCUGUGUGACUGCAGCUACCUGUUUUUCACACUGGAGUUAUGCUAAUUAUCUUUGCCAGGAUCAAGGCACUUUCUCCCUUUUCAGUAUCCAUAGGAACCCAUUGGGGAUGAAAAAGCCUGACAUUUUGAUUCCCAGCUUUUGUUUCCCUAAUCAAAAAUAAAGGUAUAAUGGACAAGAAGAAGCAAUUUCAUUUAGUCUUCUCAUCACAGUAGGUUUUAUUAUUUGCUUGAAUCUCACUGCAUUUUAUUAAAUUAUAUUUCUGUUUGAGUUUGCAGCAUCACUUUUCAAGGAGAGCCCACUGCAGCCCAUUUUGUAAUAAUAUGUGUUUUCUUAAAAGCUUAGUGUUCACUAACUAAGCUUGAAAUUUCUCCCUGGCCUGCCUAAUUUCUGAGUUUGGUGCAGAAACCAAAUCACUGCCUGCCUGUUUGUUGCCCCCUGCCCCAUCCUGCAGCUUGGAGCCUGUCCUUGCUAAUGUAGGCAAAACAGAGGCAGGGCUACAUCGCAUUGCUGGCUGAUUUUCUUAACAAAACAGGCUUUGCAAAAGCUGCUUAAAUUCAAUUUGCAUUUGUAAAAUAAAAACACAGCGCAGCGUGGUCCGCUGGGAGAUUUUUCAUGCUAUGCAGGUAUAUUUUCAGAAGUGGUAAUCAAAUAUUCUGGUGCCGUACACAAACGGUUUCUGGUUUAGCUGUGGUCCUUUUGUUUUGUUUAGGAUGAAAGUGAAUGACUGUUGUUGCUUUCCCAUUGAAGAAAUCCAUUCACAGGACAACAGAAAUGUAAGCAGCUCUGAAAGUGCUGUUUAUAGACUUGAAAACCGGUGGAAAGGCAGUUUUGUCAUCCUCUAAACCUUCACAUGGUGGUCCAUGUAUAUGGCCAAAGCCCCUUCAUCUCUGAGGGAGUCCAGGCAACUGUGAGAGAGCUGCACCAUCACUGGUCACAGACUCUGGAUACUGGCUGUGGGAUUUUUUUUUUGUUAUUAUUUUUGUUUGGUUUUUUCCCCCUUUUUGGAUAUGAACUGAAGGCCAGCAACAGUUGAAGUGUUGGAAGCAAGUGCGGGAGGACACUCACCUUUUUUAUUUGAACCCUUGUUUGCUGGGAUACUUUCAAGCUCUCCUUCACAGUCAUGUGGUCAUCACAGCUGCUGUUCUUCACAAUGCUCUUAACACCGUUUGCCCAUGCCUGGAUUUCUUUUAAAACAGCUUUCAGCCGUGCCCCAGUGCCCAUGGCUGUGGUCCGAAGGGAGCUGUCCUGCGAGAGUUACCCCAUCGAGCUGCGCUGCCCGGGAACAGAUGUGAUCAUGAUCGAAAGUGCCAACUACGGCAGGACUGAUGAUAAAAUCUGUGACUCUGAUCCUGCUCAGAUGGAGAAUAUCCGCUGUUAUCUGCCAGAUGCCUAUAAGAUUAUGACUCAAAGAUGCAGUAAUCGGACCCAGUGUGCGGUUGUUGCCGGCCCUGACGUGUUUCCAGACCCGUGCCCCGGGACGUACAAGUACCUGGAAGUGCAGUAUGAGUGUGUCCCUUACAAAGUGGAACAAAAAGUUUUUCUUUGCCCUGGACUGCUGAAGGGAGUUUACCAGAGCGAACACUUAUUUGAGUCUGACCACCAGUCGGGCGCCUGGUGCAAGGACCCUCUACAGGCUUCUGACAAGAUCUACUACAUGCCCUGGACGCCGUACCGGACGGACACACUGACGGAAUACUCCUCCAAGGACGACUUCAUUGCCGGCAGGCCGACCACCACCUACAAGCUCCCGCACCGAGUUGACGGCACAGGGUUCGUGGUGUACGAUGGGGCUUUGUUCUUCAACAAGGAGCGGACCAGGAACAUCGUCAAGUUCGACCUGCGGACCAGGAUAAAGAGCGGGGAGGCAAUCAUCGCCAAUGCCAACUACCACGACACCUCUCCCUACCGCUGGGGGGGCAAGUCCGACAUAGACCUGGCCGUGGACGAGAACGGGCUCUGGGUAAUCUAUGCAACAGAACAGAAUAAUGGCAAAAUUGUCAUUAGCCAGUUGAACCCUUACACGUUAAGGAUCGAAGGGACGUGGGAUACUGCCUAUGACAAGAGGUCAGCUUCCAAUGCCUUCAUGAUCUGUGGGAUUUUAUAUGUGGUGAAGUCUGUGUACGAAGAUGACGACAAUGAAGCCACAGGGAAUAAAAUAGACUACAUAUAUAACACUGACCAAAGCAAGGAUAGCAUGGUGGAUGUGCCAUUUCCAAACUCCUACCAGUACAUUGCUGCUGUGGAUUAUAAUCCCCGGGACAACCUCCUCUAUGUAUGGAACAACUAUCAUGUUGUAAAAUACUCCUUGGAUUUUGGCCCGCUGGACAGCAGAGCAGGGCAGGCUCACCACGGGCAGGUUUCCUACAUUGCCCCACCGAUCCACCUGGAUUCGGAUCUGGAGAGGCCGCCAUCCAAGGGAGUAUCCACCUCGGGGGCUCUGGGCCCAGGGAGCACCGCUGCCAGCACCACGCCACGCAUGGCCACCAGCACCACAGGCCGCACCACCACCACGUCAGCCUCGGGCAGGAGGAACAGGAGCACCAGCACACCGUCCCCCAUGGCUGAUGUUGCUGAUGAAAUGACCACACACCUGCCACCUGCCUCCUCCCAGGUGCCAGCAGCCGGGGCGGAGAGCUGCGACCCCAUGGAGGCCCGCGACAUCAUGUGGUCCCGGACUCGGCAGGGCCAGCUGGCAAAACAGCCGUGUCCCUUGGGCUCCAUAGGUGUUGCAACUUUCCGGUGUCUCGCGCCUGACGGAAUCUGGGAACCCCAAGGACCUGAUCUUAGCAACUGCUCUUCACCCUGGAUCAACCACAUCACUCAAAAGAUGCGGUCGGGGGAGAUGGCCGCCAACAUCGCGCGGGAGCUGGCGGAGCACACCAGGAACCACCUGUACGCCGGGGACAUCGCCUACUCCGUGUCCGCCAUGGUGCAGCUCGUCAACCUGCUGGACGUGCAGCUCCGGAACCUGACUCCCGGUGGGAAGGACAGCGCUGCGCGCAGCUUAAACAAGCUUCAGAAAAGGGAGCGCUCUUGCAGGGCCUAUGUCCAGGCCAUGGUGGAGACGGUGAACAACCUCCUGCAGCCUCAGGCUCUGAACGCGUGGAGGGACCUGAACGCCAGCGAGCAGCAGCGUGCGGCCACCAAGCUGCUGGACACGGUGGAGGACAGUGCCUUCGUGCUGGCUGACAACCUGCUGAAGACAGACAUCGUCCGGGAGAACACUGACAACAUCCAGCUGGAAGUUGCGAGACUGAGCACAGAUGGGAAUCUGGAGGAUCUGAAGUUUCCCCAGAACAUGGGCCAUGGAAGCGCCAUUCAGCUGUCAGCAAAUACCUUGAAGCAAAAUGGUCGAAAUGGGGAGAUCAGGGUGGCUUUUGUGCUGUACAACAACCUGGGCACCUAUCUCUCCACGGAGAAUGCCAGCAUGAAGUUGGGAACAGAAGCGAUGUCGACCAAUCACUCCGUCAUUGUCAACUCCCCUGUCAUCACGGCAGCAAUAAAUAAAGAGUUCAGCAAUAAGGUUUACCUGGCUGAUCCUGUGGUGUUUACUGUCAAGCACAUCAAGCAAUCAGAAGAAAAUUUUAACCCAAACUGUUCAUUCUGGAGCUACACGAAGCGUACGAUGACAGGCUAUUGGUCCACCCAGGGCUGUCGCCUCCUGACAACUAACAAGACACACACCACGUGCUCCUGCAACCACCUCACCAACUUUGCAGUCCUGAUGGCACAUGUGGAAGUUAAGCACAGCGAUGCAGUCCAUGACCUGCUCCUGGACUUCAUCACAUGGGUUGGCAUCCUGCUUUCCCUGGUCUGCCUCCUGAUCUGCAUCUUCACCUUCUGCUUCUUCCGUGGGCUGCAGAGCGACCGCAACACGAUUCACAAGAAUCUGUGUAUCAGCCUCUUCGUGGCGGAGCUCCUCUUCCUCAUCGGCAUCAACCGGACUGACCAGCCGAUUGCCUGUGCCGUGUUCGCUGCCCUCCUGCACUUCUUCUUCCUGGCAGCUUUCACCUGGAUGUUCCUGGAGGGUGUGCAGCUGUACAUCAUGCUGGUGGAGGUGUUUGAGAGUGAGCACUCCCGGAGGAAGUAUUUCUACUUGGUGGGGUACGGCAUGCCUGCGCUGAUUGUGGCCGUGUCAGCAGCAGUGGACUACCGGAGCUAUGGCACAGACAAAGUAUGUUGGCUCCGACUUGACACCUACUUCAUUUGGAGCUUUAUAGGACCAGCGACCUUGAUAAUUAUGCUUAAUGUCAUCUUCCUUGGGAUUGCUCUCUAUAAAAUGUUUCAUCAUACUGCCAUACUGAAACCUGAAUCUGGAUGUCUUGACAAUAUCAAGUCCUGGGUUAUAGGUGCGAUAGCCCUACUCUGCCUAUUAGGACUGACCUGGGCAUUCGGACUCAUGUAUAUUAAUGAAAGCACAGUCAUCAUGGCGUAUCUCUUCACCAUAUUCAAUUCUCUGCAGGGAAUGUUUAUAUUCAUUUUCCAUUGUGUCCUCCAGAAAAAGGUCCGUAAGGAGUACGGGAAAUGCCUGCGCACACAUUGCUGUAGUGGGAAAAGUACAGACAGUUCCAUCGGCUCAGGAAAAACCUCGGGGACAAGGACACCUGGAAGAUAUUCCACAGGCUCACAGAGCCGGAUUCGUAGGAUGUGGAAUGACACAGUUCGAAAGCAGUCCGAGUCUUCCUUUAUUACUGGAGAUAUAAACAGUUCAGCUUCACUCAACAGAGGAGCCAUGGCUAAUCAUCUUAUAACCAAUGCUCUGCUUCGUCCUCAUGGCACUAACAACCCUUAUAAUACAUUGCUCGGGGAAUCGGCGGUCUAUAACAACCCUUCUGUCAGCAUGUACAACGCACAAGAGCCCUACAGAGAGACAAAGGGGCUUCUGAACAAUGCCAGGGAUACAAGUGUCACGGAUACUCUACCACUGAAUGGUAAUCACGGCAACAGCUACAGCAUCGCCAGCGGCGAGUACCUCAGCAACUGCGUGCAAAUCCUUGACCGUGGGUACAACCACACGGAGAAUGCCCUCGAGAAAAAGAUCCUGAAGGAACUCACCUCCAACUACAUCCCUUCCUACCUGAACAACCAUGAGCGCUCCAGCGAGCAGAGCCGCAACUUGAUGAACAAGCUCGUCAACAGCGUGGGCGGCGGGAGCGAGGACGAUGCCAUCGUGCUGGAUGACGCCACCUCCUUCACCCACGAGGAGAGUCUGGGCCUGGAGCUCAUCCACGAGGAGUCGGAUGCCCCGCUGCUGCCUCCCCGGGUGUACUCGGCGGACAACCACCAGCCCCACCUCUACAGUCGGCGUCGCAUCCCGCAAGACAACAGCGAGAGCUUUUUCCCUUUGCUGACCAACGAGCACACGGACGACCUGCAGUCGCCCAACAGGGAUUCUCUCUACACCAGCAUGCCUGCGCUGGCUGGCAUGCCCAUGACGGAAAGCGUCACUGCCAGCACCCAGACCGAUCCUCCACCAGCGAAAAGCGGCGGUGGCGAUGCCGACGACGUUUACUACAAAAGCAUGCCCAAUCUUGGCUCCAGGAACCACGUCCAUCAGCUACACACUUACUACCAGCUAGGUCGAGGCAGCAGCGACGGUUUUAUAGUCCCGCCAAACAAAGAGGGAACCUCUCCGGACGGCAAUGCAAAAGGACCCGCUCACUUGGUCACUAGUCUAUAGAAGAUUCAGCAAAAAUUAAGCAAAGAGACAACUAAAAGCCUCUCCAUAACACUCGGUUUACUGUUCUGAGUUAAUCCAAACAGUGGUAAUAUUGUGUGUACUCCUAAAUCUUCAUGCUGUUCAAAAGGAAAUUCUCAGACUUUUUUUACUGGAAUUUUUAGGCCGGCCUGGAGAGGACAGUAACUGCUGUGCCCCCCUUAUCUUCCCAUCCUUCUUCCCUCCAGACAGACUUCAUUAUGUUAAUGAAAGAGAUAGAUAACGGCACACUUCGUGGCCUUCUCAAGUUAUGCCGUGUUUGUUUAAACAAUCCUUGAUGCUGUGUUGCUCUUAAUUCCAAGGACUUGAUUUAAGAGGGAAAAAAAAAUAAUAAAAGGCCAAAAAUGUGCAUUUGAAACUAGUAGCGAUGACGCAUCUAGGUGGGAGCGCUGCGUAAAACAAGCUAGCAAAACUCUUUCUUACCAAUCCAGAUCACACCAUGGGUUAUGGUCACUCACAACUUGGUUUCACUGCAGCACCCUUUGCUGCGGGAGCAAACAAAACGUAAACAAAUUUAAUGAGACAGAAGGGAAUCCUAGAAUCCUGUGCUAAAGGCAUAUUUUACAUUUUGCUGUAUUAACGGAUGAUAAAAACUAAUGGCAGAAAAAGAGAAGCGAACAAUUUCUAUGUAAUGUACAGAUACUAGCAUUGCACAUAUAGUCUGCUUUCUGUUCCUCCAGAACUUGCGUCCCUGUUAAUGUAGUGGAAAAAAAAAUAAGAACUUUUUUCUGUUGUGCUGGUCUUGUAAGUUUGUCUACCAGUAGGAGCAAGGUUUUUCAUAAUUCUUUCCUUUUUUUUUUUUUUUUUUUUUGUUUUGCCUCGUCCACUGCUCCUUCCCUCUGUCCCCUUCCCAUCCCAGUAAAAAAACUCACUGGGCAAAAAAAAACAAACCCCAAACAUCACUUUCUAAGGACCAUUUUUAGUAACACCAUCACCACUUCUUUUCAGCCAAGGCAGUCUUUUAAUUUCCUCACUGUAUAACCUUUUUCGGCCGGCAUGUUGCCAGCAGACCUUUUGGCAGACUAGAGCAGGGCAAACUUCCUCAUUGUCAGUGCACAACCUGAUGGUGACGAUCAUGCUGUGGAGCAUCUCUGGCCAACAGCCCCUCAUCCAGGCCCUCGGGUCGCAUCCAGGGACUGAGGAGAGGUUUUGUAGUUGUAGUGGGGGUUCUACAGGAGACUGCCAUUUCCCUGGAGGAGCAAAGGGCCUUCUCGGCUCAGUCUGGUCCCCGGUUUAGGCAUUUGUACUGCAGUGGUUUAAGAAGAAAAUAGAUUGACGCGUAGUGAGCUAAAAAGUACUUUGCGGUGAUUUUUAAUUAAAAAAAAAGAAAAAAAUGUCCUCUGUUCAUUAUUUUUCCUAACAGGAAAUUUAUUUAUUUGACCGGAUUUUUAAGUAACAUAGGCUUUCUGGAGGUAAAUUAGCAGCACGGAGUAUGAAUUCUUCUUCUUUUUCUUUUUCUUUUUUUUUUUUUUAAUUUAUGAUCCAUUUUGUACGGUCUCAGCAGUUGAAUGACCUCAUUACUAAUAUUUGUUGUAAAAGUGAAGCUUGUUUGCCAACCAAUAAACAACUGAUCACGAUUUAGAAGAUA